AUGGACGACUCUGGUCAGGAAUCUAUAAAUUCUUACAACUCACGAGACUCGCUGGGUCAGGUGCCGCACACUUAUGUGCCCUCGUCGUCGCAUACGGACGGAUCACGUGGCCGCGCGGGGUCCGAGUCCGGAUCCGAAGGUCGUUUGCGUUUGGUACCCACAGAAACUGUGCGAUCCCUGCAGGAGCUGGGUGUUUCGCCUGUGGCUCCCAUUCCAGACAUCAACGCGCCCACCAACGUGGGCCCCGGGAAGGCAAUUUUCCCCGAGGAGUACACCAUGGAAACCGCCACAGGGCUCGUUCCCGUGGCAACGCUGCACUCGCUGGGGCGCACGCAGUCGGGCACGCAGGCCGCCACGCGGAUCCGGACCCGGCGUCAGUCGCUAGCCGCGGACCUCGGCGGCGACGCCAACUCCGUCUCGGACGAAAACAAAAUCUCGCACGGCUCGGACGACAACAACAUCAAUAACAACAACGACUUGGACGAUACCACACCCGAAUACGACCCAGAUAUCGAGUUUGUCACCUUCGUGACAAACGACCCCGACAAUCCUCACAACUGGUCCCUCAAGACCCGCUGGCUCUACACCAUUGUGAUGUCUAUACUGGUGAUUUCGGUCGCGUACGGAUCCGCGUGCAUCACAGGUGGUCUGGGUUUGGUAAGCGAUAAGUUCAACGUUUCGCUUGAGGUAUCCAUCUUGACGUGUUCGCUUAUGGUCAUCGGGUUUUCGUUAGGUCCGCUGAUCUGGUCUCCGGUUUCAGAUCUGUACGGCCGUCGUGUUGCAUAUUUCUCAUCGCUUGGACUGUAUGUUAUCUUCAACAUUCCCUGUGCGAUUCCACCCAACAUCGGGUGUCUAUUGGCUUGCCGCUUUCUGUGCGGUGUGUGGGCGUCGUCCGGUCUGUGUCUUGUGGGCGGUUCUAUCGCGGACAUGUUUCCUCCAGAGACACGUGGACGUGCCAUCGCGUUUUUCGCCUACGCGCCAUACUGCGGACCCGUGUUUGGACCGCUUGUUAACGGGUUUAUCUCCGUUUCCACUAAGCGCAUGGAUUUAAUCUUCUGGGUCAACAUGGCGUUUGCCGGAGUUAUGUGGCUAGUAGUGGCGCUUAUCCCUGAGACGUUUGCACCCGUUAUCUUGAAGAAACGCGCUGCCCGUUUGCGCCGCGAAACCGGAAAUCCGAAGAUCAUGACAGAACAGGAAGCGCAGGGCCUAAGUGUUCGCGAAAUGGUAAGUGCGUGUCUACUACGGCCUUUGUACUUAGCCGCCACGGAGCCCGUGCUGGACCUCAUGUGUUUCUACGUGUGUCUGAUCUACUCGCUGCUUUACGCGUUUUUCUUCGCAUAUCCGGUCAUCUUCGGCGAGCUGUACGGGUACAAGGACAACAUUAUCGGGCUUAUGUUUAUUCCGAUCCUGAUCGGAGCUUCGGUGGCCUUGGCAACCACGACGUUUUGUGAGAACCAGUAUUUGAAAAUUACGCAACGCCGAAACCCUACACCGGAAGAUCGGCUAUUGGGCGCGAUGAUCGGAGCUCCGUUUGCCGCCAUUGCACUGUGGAUUCUAGGCGCCACUGCGUACAAACACAUCAUCUGGGUCGGACCUGCGUCUUCGGGUUUGGCGUUCGGGUACGGGAUGGUGCUAAUCUACUACUCGCUGAAUAACUACAUCAUUGAUUGCUACGCAAUGUACGCGUCCGGAGCAUUGGCCACCAAAGUGUUCUUGCGUUCUGCCGGCGGCGCAGCGUUCCCAUUGUUCACCGACCAAAUGUACCAUCGGCUGGGUCUGCAAUGGGCCAGUUGGCUGUUGGCGUUUAUCUCAACGGCAAUGGUGCUCAUCCCCUUUGGGUUUUACUACUACGGCAAAGGCUUGCGUGCUAAGCUAUCCAAGAAAAACUACGCGUUCAGCGGGAUGGAGUAG